UUCACCGUUCAGUCUCCGAAAUAGAACUUGACCUGCGAAUCAGAGGGUUUCGGCAGCAAUGUCAGUCAUCUUCGCCAGACCUCGGGUCUGGACGGACACAGCCUAUGGAUGGGCAGUGGCUUUCAGAAAUCCUGUUCCCGUUCGAAGAAAUCACUGACAAGUCCCAUAUCACCAUUGUUGCCUAUCGAGCCCUCCAUACCCUUCCUUUCCAUACUUUGCCCUUCAAGGGGAGCUCGCUACUGGCGACAUAUUCGGUGUCCUACCUACCUAGUGCGAGCUACAUCACUUACUUAAAACCAUCCGACAAAGACCGCGUGGGUUCCAAACUACUCGCCGUCGGAAAUCCCUCAAAUAUAAAACAUUACGACAUCGUGUCGGGGACGUCACAGAGCCUGAGGGAACUGCGGUUUGCUGAGGCGGAGGCAACAUAUGUCGCCUAAUCAACGCUACAAGCAAGUUACUUGUGGGCGAUGCAGCCACUAAGCAAGCCGUCACGGACGCGGUGGGAGAAUAUGACAUAUUGCAUUUCGCGAUGCACGGGGUGUUGUGCCGUGAGGUCCCGAUGAUGUCGUCCGUUGUCCUCGCGGACGGCGAGGAGUUCACGGUCAGCGAACUGCUGGGC